CAACAACGGAUAUCGUUAUUUACAGUUUUUUUUAUUCAUCCUCCAAAUGUAUUUCUCCACCAGUAUCAUCCUCCAUUGACCGAAUCGCGGACUCUGUCGCUUGCUGGGCCACAGUUGAUUCAUUGGGAUCCCAGUUGCCGUGUCGUAAGCCAUCUGCAAACAACUGGGGUCGAUUUUGCAAACGAAAACAGAGAGCUCCAUCUCCGUCUCCAGGGAUACUGUUGGCGUUCCAUAAGGCACAACGUGAGGCAUGGCCGACGAGGGAGCUUUGGCCAAUGGCUAUCAAAUGCUUGAGGAGCUUGGGAGUGGGAGUUUUGGAACAGUGUACAAAGCCAUCGACAAGGAUACGGGCGAAAUCGUGGCGAUAAAACAUAUUGACCUCGAAUCUAGCGAAGAUGAUAUCCAAGAAAUUCAGCAGGAGAUUGCGGUGCUAGCAACUUGUGCAAGCCCCUACGUGACGCAGUACAAGACAAGCUUUCUCAAAGGCUACAAGUUGUGGAUCGUCAUGGAAUACUUGGGUGGUGGAUCUUGUUUAGAUCUGCUUAAACCCGGAGUGUUUAACGAAGCCCAUAUCGCCAUUGUCUGUCAGCAACUGUUAUUGGGCCUGGAUUAUCUACAUCAAGAGGGGAAAAUACAUCGAGAUGUUAAAGCUGCCAAUGUCCUUCUGUCCCAGUCCGGAAAGGUUAAACUGGCAGAUUUCGGUGUCGCAGCCCAACUCACGAACAUCAAAUCGCAGCGCAAUACCUUUGUUGGAACGCCAUUUUGGAUGGCUCCAGAAGUUAUCCAACAAGCGGGAUACGAUUUCAAAGCCGAUAUCUGGUCGUUGGGUAUUACGGCAAUGGAGAUGGCUAAUGGGGAGCCACCAAACGCUAGCACGCAUCCAAUGAAAGUCCUCUUUCUGAUUCCGAAAGCACCGGCUCCCAGGUUGGAAGGAACUCACUUCACUCAAAAUUUCAAAGAUUUUGUAGCUCAAUGUCUGAUAAAAGACCCCGACCGACGACCAACAGCUAAAGAGCUGUUACGACACAAGUUCAUUCGCAAUGCUGGUAAGACAGAGGCAUUGCAGGAGCUAAUUCAACGCAGGCAAGAGUGGGAAGCAAGCAGAGGCCUGUCAGAUAAUAUAAAAUAUUAUGAGGAAUCUAUGGCAACCAUUGAUCAUAAGGAAGAUGAAGAUGGGUGGGUGUUCGACACUUUGAAACCGGGUACUGUAGCCAUGUCACACAAUACGCAAAAACGAAUGAAGAUAUCCGGCCCACCAAUAGAGGAGAUCGAGCCAGAAGAGGACACUUCGGAAAUGCUAAAGCAAUUGGAACUUAUAGACACGUCAAGCAUACAGAGUUCCAGCAAACCAGUGUCAAAUUCCACGGUAAGACGUUCAGCCCUCUCGGCAGAGCGAUCUCCAUCCGUGAGACGAUCGAAUACCAAACGGCGGUCAAGUGGGGUAAAACAACCCCUUGGGCUAAACUUAAGUUUCGGAAAUAGCCCUUCAACGGUUAGACAAUUUCGCCGGGUAUCAGAUAAACAAGCUGAUAUGACAAACGAGUCCACAGGCUAUCCUCUGCCGAUGGAUGAGAACUGCGCACCAAAGACGCUGUUUUCGGAACCAAGUAGCAAAGAAGCUAUACUAGGCAGAAGGAUAUAUAAUAAAUCCAUUGGACUUUCCUGCCAGGAAGUGCUCUCGACGACGUGGGAUCAACAAAAACGGGAGGCUAUAUCCCGACUUGCCGAAGCAUGGAGCGAUCUUGAAAUGAUCGACCCAGAAGGGCUUUACCAGAUCAUGAAGUCGACUUGCGAUAAGUUACAAGCAGACCCCAAACUUUCCUCGAUGUUACCCAAACAAACGACGGUGGAAUCCCCAUCAAGACCGAAACUCGUUCUUGCCCAGAACAAUCCCCAUCUCAAGAGCCAUCGGCGGCGACAAUCCGAGCAAACUCAUGCCGAUGACCAUUGGCAGGGAGCGGGUUUAAAUCUUCCAGGACAACAAGUCCUUGGAAUGGAACAUACGAAGCAACUUGCGGAUGUCCUUUAUGAUCGAUGGACAGCAGGACUUCGCAGCCGAUGGCGUGCUGUGUAAGGCGCAAUUGUAUAUUAUGUGUACAGGUUGUGUUGCAAUUCUGUUUCUUGGGAGCUAAAAUCUUUUUGGUGCCAUAGCAUUUUCGAUUUUGAGCUCUCAUCUCACUCUCUUACUUGCUGACAGGACUUGAGACUCUAAUUUGGCAGACGGAAACUGCCUGGAGUCCCAACGUUCCUUGAAAAGAUGGGGAAAACUUCCAGCGCCAGUUUUGUUAUUUAUAAAUCAUG